UCAUUUAUAAUUGACACAAUGGAGUUGUCCUUCCCUGGCUCUCGUCACGAAAAAUAUAAUGGCAUCGGGUGGAGAACCAGACUAUGGACUUGAUGAAAGAAAAGCUGGUUAUGUUCGUGUCCGGGUAGAAAUUCCAGACUUGAAGGCCAAGGGAAGAAACUUUAUGAAUAAAAUUAUUGGUGGAAGGAGAGAUGAAGCAAGUAAUGCAAAAGUUGAAUGCAAUUUUGAAGAGAGAAGCUUCAUUCUGAAUGUGGCUGGGGAAAAAGACCUGAAUGGCAAAAGCUGGACAAUGGAGCGUCCCAUGUUGCCUUUUAAUAUUGAUCCAUAUAGUUCAUACUGCGAGACAGAAAAAGGCUUUGUAAAUAUUUUCUUAAAGAAAGAAUGUAAUGAUGAUGAUUGGAGCACCUUCAUCCGUAAAGGAGAUCUGAGCGCUAACUGAGAUGGCAAAAGGAACAAACAUGAGGAUAAAGAUCUUCACUUUCAUUUAUUAAACAUAAGCGAGGUCAGAACACAGGCACAAGAAAUCUGUUCUGAUCACCUGUAGAUGUGUCUAGUUGUAUAGUUUUCUCAUUCUUCAGCUGAUUAUUACAACUUUUUUCAUGCUUAAACAAAAUUUGAUGUUUCUUAGUGAAAAGGAAGGAAGGUGAUAAACUCAAAAUGUUGCAUUUACUUCAGUAGUACUCAAGCCUGGGUGGUGGUUUUUAGAACAGAGAAGGCACCACCAGGGCCGCCGAGAGCCAGCCCGGGCCCCGGGACAGACGACCUCUCCGGGCCCCUUGCACUUGUAAUCGUAAAUUAUUUUCCCAGUAUAUAAGGUAUGUUUACAAUUCGAAUCUCAAUAUCUA